AUGCCUCCUCCAUCCUCCUGUCCCCUCCUCCUCCUCCUCCUGCUCCUCCUGUUUUCUGAGGCGUGGAGCUACGAGGCUCCUGAGGAUAAGCACGAUGUGUUUGCGAGGAGAGCCUGCCCCGCCUUCCUGACUUUCACCAACGCUGCCUACUUGGCUGGAGUCACUGUGGAGCUGCCCUGCCACUGCAAACCAGAACAGAUCCAAUCAGUUGUGUGGUUCUUCAGGAAACAUCUAAGCAGCUCCAAAGACACUAAAGCCCUGACUGAUCACCAUGGCAACAGGCUGCUGGACCGUAGUCGUGUCCCUCACAGCGGCGACCUGCGCAGUCGAUUCUCCAUCCGUCUCUUCAGCCUGCUGAUCUUCAGGGCGGGGCCCGACGACUCCGGCAUCUAUAUCUGCGGCUCCGUCCACGAAGACUUCUUCUAUGGUUACGACCUGGACAUCCAGGAGGCGCGUACACUCAGCUUCACACCACGGCUCACUCCAGAAAAUACCAGCAAGAAAAGGACAAAGACUAAAGGACUCGGCUCUGCUCAGUCGCUGUACCGGGUCUUCACCAGCUUCCGGCCCUGGUCAGUGUGCGAUCGCUGCGGAGUACCUGGAGAACAGGUCCGUGUGGGACUCUGCUACGUCCACUCCCACUACCUGCAUGUACGCUACAGACGGGCCAAUCAGACAGUGGCAUCAUGCGGCUCAGGGGCGGUGCCCAGGGCGUUUGGACAACUGAAGGGAAGCAGAGUUGGAGCCAAGCUGGAAGUCAAAAGCUGUCAGGUCACUUGUCCACCUCAGGCUCCUCCACCCUCCAAAAUCAUUGCUCUGAUGGCGUUUCUUGGGUACAAUUCUGCCUCCCGUCCUGUAGAGGUGCCAGUGUUCCACCUGAACCACCCUGCAGACCGUGUCCUGACACUGGGCUGUCCUGGGGCACGACCUAACAUGGCCGUGGCCUGGGACCGAGGAUCUGAACCCAUCUACCGGUCUGCACACUCGGCAGGUCGUAACCUCGGCGUCACAUCGCCCAGGCUGCUGAUAGACACCGGACACCACCUGGUGUUUACACCUGCAACAAUUCAAGACUCAGGUGUCUACUACUGCUGGCUGCAGGGUCACCGGGCUGCUGAGAUACGUCUGCUGGUCUACGCCCAUUUAGGCCGGGGACAGUCAGUGACAUCACAUCCUGAGUUCCAGACAGCUCUUCAGACAGUGCUCAGAUCAUACGCUGUGAUGACAGCUGUGUUUUGCCUGCUAUUGUUUGGAAGAGCUGGAGUCAGACACCUCAGAGACACCGCCGAAACACACGUGGAUUAA